CGCCGAACCUCGUCCGAGUGGCCUCAUCACGGCCUCCUCAUGAUCUCCUCAUGACCUCCUCAUGACGUGUCCCUAAUGGAACGGGAAGUGAAGAUGAGGUUCUCGCCAUAUUGGAAGGGUGACCUCGUAUGCCGGGUCUUAUACACGCGGCCAAUAAUUUUCUGAUAUUCAGAUUAUCUUUUGAUUGGGCGGAGCUUCCUGCAGAUAUCUGAAUAUCUUUGUGUUGAGGAAGGAAAAAAGAAGAAGAAAAGGAGGAGAGUGAAGCAGCAGCGGCGCAAGGAUAUGAGUUCCAUUUUCAGUCAAUCAAAAUAUUGGAAAAUUUGUGAAUGGGAAUAUCAAACUUGAAACAUCAGCAGUAAAUACAAUGCUCUUGUAAUCGAACUUGGGCCGUAAGGAAGGGAAACGUCGCGAGUUCGCCCUUAUACAGCGCAAUCGGAGGGGCAACGGCGGCGCCCAUGACGGAGGGGGGCGGGAUGAUGUCGCCCGGGUCGCCCCUGUCACGGAGGCGGGUAGGACCGUGCCCGGCGCCCUUUACCAUCAGCGGAGCCUCGGACACCAGUCGCUCCUGCGCCUCAGUCGACGCCCUCUGCAGUCCCACGACCAUCGAGUCCUUUCUCAGCGAGUCCCCCUUCACGCUCUCGCAGGCGAGGAGCUGGGGAGACCUGAUAGGGAAUCCCAGACGAGGAUGCAAGUCGAGGGAGAGGUUCUGCUCCAGGUACUUCCUGAUGGGCAAAUCGCAGACGAGCGGCACGAGCGAGAGCGAAGGGAACAGCGACGACGCCUCCAGACAAGACUCCGUCGAGGAGAAGUACGAGCGGAGGGGAAGCAGCGGGAGCGUCCUGUCCACAUGCCACGCGGAGCCCCAGCAGAAGUCCUUCCUCUCCUUCGGGAAACCGCAGUACCACUUCGCGGAGAAGAGCGAUGGCGUCGAGACGGUGGAGCUGGGCCUCCUCUCGGACCAGCCCAACGUCCACCUCAACAGAGACAAGAACGUGUCCAACUACGGCACCAUCUCCAACCUGAUCCUCGCGCCCCGAGACGCCCUGAACGGCGUGCAGACCGAUGAGCCGAAGGAGAAGCCUUUCCUGAACUCGGCGAUGCGCCAGCGGUCCAUCCCCUUCAUCGUCACGCAGAACCUGAGCUCCCCGAAGCCGUUCCUGAAGGCGGGAGCGAGGCAGUCCUCCCGCUGCAGUCUCAACGUCCCAAACGGAUCCAAAGGAUUCCUCUCGUCGAGGACCAGACUCGACGCCAAGGGAUUUCUCGAGUCCUUAGGAGGAGGACGUCGAGCAAGCCAAGGCCUGUCUCACCUGAGGGUUCCUGGAGGGACGCACGGCUCGGAGAGUAGGAAGGGCUCCUUUCUCUCGGCCAUGAACUCCUCCAUAUUAGACAGGAUGUCAAUCGCGUCCUUCAAGUCCUCCUGCAAGUCGCUCUCGAGAUCGGAGGAGAUGAAGAACAAGAUUAUACAAAAUUUUAACACAGUCCUAUCCCUCGGUGCCGACGUCCUUCCGGAAUAUAAACUCCAGUCGCCGCGGAUACACAAAUGGACGAUCCUGCACUAUUCUCCGUUCAAGGCGGUGUGGGACUGGAUCAUUCUUCUUCUGGUCAUCUACACGGCUAUCUUCACGCCCUACGUGGCCGCCUUCCUUCUCAACGAGCAGGAGGAACGCAGAAAGAAUCACCAGAACCAAUACGAUAAUCCUAUUGUUAUUAUAGACCUUAUUGUUGACAUCAUGUUCAUGGUUGACAUUGUGAUCAACUUCCGUACGACUUACGUCAACCACAACGACGAGGUGGUCUCUCAUCCGGGGAAGAUCGCCCUGCACUACCUGCGGGGAUGGUUCCUCAUCGACGUUGUGGCUGCGAUUCCCUUCGACCUCCUGCUGGUCAAUCCGGAUCCUCACACUUCUACUCCAACAGCAGAAAGAGAUUUAGAGCAGGAGGCAGAUGAUGAAAAGACCACAACCCUCAUCGGUCUGCUGAAGACGGCGAGGCUCCUCCGUUUGGUCAGAGUUGCACGGAAGAUCGACAGAUACUCUGAAUAUGGCGCGGCUGUCCUGCUCCUGCUCAUGGCGACCUUUGCGCUCAUCGCCCACUGGCUCGCGUGUAUUUGGUAUGCCAUUGGUAACGCUGAGCGGCCAGGGCUCCUCCACAAGAUCGGCUGGCUGGACCACCUCGCCAACGCGACGCACCAGUACUACUACAGUAAUAGUACGGGCGGACCGACGCUGAGGGCAAAGUACGUGACUGCGCUGUACUUCACGUUCAGUAGUCUUACGUCUGUGGGCUUCGGGAACGUGGCGCCAAAUACAGAUGCCGAGAAGAUAUUCACCAUUCUUGUUAUGCUGAUCGGCUCUCUCAUGUACGCCAGUAUCUUUGGAAACGUUUCGGCUAUUAUCCAGCGGCUCUAUGCGGGAACAGCACGGUACCACACGCAGCUGAUGCGGGUAAAGGAAUUCAUCCGCUUCCACCAAAUUCCCAAUCCGCUCAGACAAAAGUUAGAGGAAUAUUUUCAGCACGCUUGGACCUACACAAAUGGCAUCGACAUGAACUUGGUGCUGAAGGGCUUCCCAGAUUGCCUACAGGCCGACAUCUGCCUGCACCUCAACCGCCUCCUUGUUGAGUCCUGUUCUGCCUUCGAGGGGGCCAGUCCUGGAUGCCUACGAGCACUUAGCAUGAAGUUCAAAACUACACAUGCUCCACCGGGGGACACUUUGGUCCAUCGGGGUGAUGUCCUUACCUCCAUGUACUUCAUUUCAAGGGGUUCCAUCGAGAUCCUCAAAGACGAUGUUGUUAUGGCAAUCUUAGGUAAAGAUGAUAUAUUUGGCGAGAAUCCUUGCAUCUACCCAACGAUAGGGAAGUCGUCCUGCAACGUCAGAGCGCUUACGUACUGUGACCUUCAUCAAAUCAUGAGAGAUGAUAUCUUGGAUGUCCUCGACUUGUAUCCAGAAUUUGCGGACGAUUUCUCCCGCAAUUUGGAGAUUACGUUCAAUUUGAGAGACGAGGAAGCACAAGGCGUCGACCCACUGCUCCUACACAAGAAGUGCCGUCUGUCCCGGUCUCGCAGCCACUCGCAGGACACCGAGGACCCGAGACGCACCGCCUUCAGACCUCCGCGACACCGAAGGAGGCGCUACGUACAGCCUGGUUCGAGCGGAGAGGAGAGUGACUCUGAUGACAAGCACCUUGAGUCUGGGCGAGGUGUUGGUGAAUUCUCACCUGACAAAAUAGGGCCAGACGGGAGUCCAAUAAACCAACAUUUCGACCAUAAACAACGUUCAGGAACCCUCAACUCCAUAACUGUUGCAGGUAGUACCAGUCCUGAGCGACGUCAUCACCAUGCCCGUCACUCCAGUUUGACCUUACCUGUUGAGGGUCACCCCAACACCGCCCAAACACAUGCCCGUGAUGUCGUAGAGGUCAACAGCCGCCUAGAUGCGCUCACCAGACAAAUGCAACAUCUUGAGGCACGGGUGACUUCAGAUAUUGCUCAGAUCCUGCUUCUCCUUCAGCAACAGCAGCAGCAUCAACAAAACCAGCAGAAUUCAGUCUCACCGUCCCAGUUGGACUCUGAUCAGAGUCCUGAGCGUCGUCGUGGUGGUGUGGGCAUCCCCCGAAGUGGAAGUGGAAGAGAAAGCCGGGUGUUCCGACGGGCAGCGUCUCUACAUGACGAGCCUCCACACUACUCUAGGCAUCACUAUCGUUCUUUAGAGAUCACACGUCCACCGGUGGAAGAUCUCCUUGGUCAGUCUGGUGACGGCCCUUCAAACCAAGGUCUCGAUUUCCGGGAAGUCAGCAGCGGUCUUGCCGGGGUCAGCGGGCCAGGUCGGGGGGGUGCGGGUAUGGCCACUAGACCAUGCCCCUCUAUGCCUCUCACCCCUGACCUUGACCCAGAUGCACUCAGGCCCUCCCCCCCUCGUAGCCAGUCCCAGCCCUCUGACCUUACCCAGGCUCGGUGGCGUCGUAAGUGCCGCUCACCCCUGCAAGGAGCAGCCAUCGAUCCGUGGGCACCCCGUCGAGAGGACUCCAGGGGCUCCGAGCCCGAAUCCUGGGGCGACUUCAGAUCUCUCACCGAAGCGCCCAUCGCUAGACUAGAGUCGCUCGACGAGAUGGAGUCGUUGUCUGAGCGAUCCCGAGAGGCCAGCCCUGGAACCAGCAAAGUCCAGCUCCCAGACACCCCAAAGACUGAAUCGGAUGUUUAGAGGUAUCCCAAUCGCACCCGAAAGACCAUAGACCGGAAGUAUGGAUAGAUCUGACCUUUAGCCAAGUCAAUUUUCUCUCUCUCUCUCUCUCUCUCAGACUCUUCAGUCUUUCUAAAAUGCAACACAAGGAAUCAACAGCAGACUUCUGUUUUCUCUUUUUUUCCUCUCUUUCUCUCUCUUUUUUUUUCUUCUCUUUACCUCCAUUGGUCAUUCUGUCUGGAAUUUAGAGUGCAGAGUAUGUGGAGAAAAUAAGCCAAUGGAAUGAAAAAAACAAAGAGAGAAAAUCAAACAAAAUGGACCUGCAAAUGAGAACCAAACAGAAGAAGAGAAAAAAAUGAAUGUUGCAAAUAUACCUUCUGUUAAGCAGAGCCAAAAACGUUUCUUCAUAAAGCAUGAGUUUCGAGGAAAGUUCAGUGAAGUCCAUGAUCUCCGCUAUUACAAAUAUGUGAAAGAUAUGAUAUAUUGCAAACUAGUAGAAAAUGUUUGAGAAAGUAGUGAGUGAGAAAUACCUUAAAGAGAAAAGAGUGAAACAUUGACAAUGAAAAUAUAAAUAUUUUUAAAUGGGGGGGAUGGUGUUACUGGCCAGAAUGACAUGAAGUUAUAGGUGACCCAACUUAUUUCUGAUAUUAUUCUAAAUAAUAUUAAGUCUAUAGCCCUACAGUGCAGUUAAAGGCGUUCCUAAACCAACAAAAUGCCAGUAAUUUACAUUUACAUAUGGGAAACCACCAUUUUAGAAAGAAUGAAAAAUAUAGUUUCAGAGUUAGACGGUGUGCAAAUCCAAAGUAAAAAAAAAAAAUUGGUGCACCCAACAGUGGCCGUAUAUCAUAUGUUUCCGACGCGGUAAUACUGCAACGUCCAGGGAAUGAUGGUAAUUAAUUUCUAAGAUUAAGGUUUUCUGUGAUGCCUCUUAUUUGAAGAGUAGAGAGCAUAUAGCCUCGAGAUAAAGUUACUUGUUAAGACAGUGACAUUAAGGUUUAGUCAGUGUUUGAGAUAUAGUUGACAUCCAGACAAGUUUAGAGAAAUGGCUGUAUAAACCAGCAGCUUUGUUAGAAAUGAGUAAAAGUAAAUACUGAUAAGAUCCAAACGUCUGACUAAAUCUUGAGGUCAUAUUAUACAAGAGCUCAGGAGUUUCCUUAAUUUCUUGCAUAUGUCUCUCAUUACUCAGUGAAUAAUAUGUUUAUUAUACAGUAAGCUUCUGUAACUCUUUUUCUUGUAAUAUUUAGGUAUUUGUAAUUUGUAGAUAUGAAGAUUAAUUUGAAAUUAAUAGGAUCUCAGUAAUACUUAGGCAUCCCUUUGGAUGUUGAGUCACUUCGUAACAGAAGAGGUAGCAUGAGAGGAGGAGGUUUUUACCCCUUGUGUCAUCACAGUCUGAUAGGGUUUAUUAUGAAGAAAAGCUAUUGUCUGAAACACCACGUUGGAGGAAGAUAAUGAUGAGUCACUUCACAAAGACUCUGGAGCUAAUGGACUCAUAUUGUAACAUUAGCCUAAACAAAAAAAGAAAAUUUUGGAAUGCAGUGUGUAACAAAAUCCAUGCAGUGCAAGGUUUAACGGUGACUCCACAAAUCUGACAUUCAUAGGAGGCGAGGAUUGAAGUGGUUGUGAAUAGAUUAGUUUCAAGAUGAUGCCAGUCCUCGAUUGUGAUAGUUUGUGAUCCUCAUCGAUAAAGUGUUGGGAUGAUGCUGUAGAUACUCAUUUGUUAGAUUCUGGGAGAACACUAUCUUAUGAUGACCUAUAUAGUGCAACUUAUUUUGAGAGCUUGCAUCUGCCCAGCAAGGCCCUGUUUGUGUUACAUUUUGGUUAUUGUGUGAAAAUUGUCCAUUCAUAUUUUGGCCAGGAUGUCACAUGAAACUUGUGUUUCAUGUGAUGACUAGAAAAUAAAUAAUAUCUGCUACCAAUA